AAAUUGUUUAUAUAUAUUGAGGAACUUUUCCUGCUUGGCGUUGAUUUUUUGACUGAACUAAAAUAUAUCAAUCAGAUAAGCAGCGCUGCAGGAAUCGUUAAUCUCAAUUACAUAUGAAUAGUUGAUUCUCUGGCGAUAACUCUUUGGUGAAGCUAUUCUGAAGAACGCCAGGAUGAGGAAUUAAAUAUUUUAAAUACAACUUGAAAGAAGUAGUUUUAAUAUUAUCUUUGAUAUACAUACUUAUUUUUCACCUGAAAGGACUUAUAAUCUUCUGAAAACAUGAAUCUCAACAGCAUUAUGUUUGCUAAGAACUGUUCAAAGUUGUUGCACAAAUUUUAUUUAAUAGAUUCUGUUAGAGCGUCUUCUUCAGGAAUAGCUCAUACAGUAAACGUUAAAAAGCAAAUUGAAGAACGUAGAAAACGUGCUAUUAUUGGUGGUGGUGAUAAAAGGAUUGAAGCUCAGCAUAGAAAGGGUAAGUUAACAGCAAGAGAGAGAAUCCAGUUAUUGAUGGAUGUUGGAAGUUUUGUUGAAUAUGAUAUGUUUUCUGAACAUACAUGCACUGAUUUUGGAAUGGAAAAAGAAAAGUAUCCAGGUGAUAGUGUGGUAACAGGCCAUGGUCUCAUUCAUGGCCGUAAAGCCUUUAUUUUUAGCCAAGACUUCACUGUGUUUGGAGGAAGCCUUUCUUCUGUGCAUGCCAAAAAAAUAUGCAAAAUUAUGGACCAGGCUAUCUUAGUAGGAGCUCCUGUAAUUGGUAUCAAUGAUUCUGGUGGUGCUCGAAUACAAGAAGGUGUUGAAUCUCUUGCAGGUUAUGCUGACAUUUUCCAACGUAAUGUUCUGGCUUCUGGUGUUGUUCCUCAAAUUUCAGUUAUUAUGGGUCCUUGUGCUGGAGGAGCUGUCUAUUCACCAGCUCUGACGGAUUUUGUUUUCAUGGUGAAAGACACUUCUUAUCUUUUCAUCACUGGACCAGAUGUUGUUAAGUUGGUGACAAAUGAAGAUGUAACUCAAGAAGAAUUAGGUGGUGCUAAAACACAUACUACACUUUCAGGAGUUGCCCACAAUGCUUUUGAAAAUGAUGUUGAUGCACUUUUGAAUUUAAGAAAAUUUUACAAUUUUCUCCCUCUGAGCAGUACUGAUCCUCCUCCAAUUAGAGAAUGUGAUGACCCUUGGGACAGAAAUGUUCAGAGCUUAGAAACUGUUAUUCCACUUGAAACUACUGCUGGUUAUAACAUGUUGGAUGUUAUUCUAGAGAUUGUGGAUGAACGAGAUUUUUUUGAAAUAAUGCCUAAUUAUGCAAAAAAUAUUAUUGUUGGAUUUGCAAGAAUGAAUGGCCGCACUGUUGGAAUGGUUGGAAAUAAUCCUAAAUAUGCAGCUGGUUGUCUGGAUAUUAAUGCAUCUGUUAAAGGUGCUCGAUUUGUUAGAUUUUGUGAUGCCUUUAAUAUACCCAUUAUCACAUUUGUCGAUGUUCCAGGAUUCCUACCAGGAACUGCACAGGAGUAUGGUGGAAUCAUAAGACAUGGAGCUAAAUUAUUAUAUGCUUUUGCUGAAGCUACUGUUCCAAAAAUAACUGUCAUUACCCGAAAAGCAUAUGGAGGUGCUUAUGAUGUGAUGAGUUCAAAACAUUUAAGAGGAGAUAUAAAUUAUGCUUGGCCCACUGCUGAGAUUGCUGUGAUGGGUGCCAAAGGAGCUGUCUCCAUUCUCUAUCGUGGAAAAGCUGAUGUUCUUGAAAGAGAAAAGGAAUACAAUGAAAAAUUUACUAACCCAUUUUCUGCAUCAGUACGAGGUUUUAUUGAUGAUAUAAUAGAUCCAUGUACAACUCGUUAUCGUAUCUGCCGGGAUCUAGAUCUUCUUCAAAGAAAGAAAAUGGACUUGCCUUGGAAGAAGCAUGCUAAUAUGCCUCUUUAAAUGCUUGAAUUUACUUGAAAACAUACUUCUACAUGCUCAUUUUAUGCAUUUAUGUCGAAAGUAUGUUUUUUCAUAUAAUCGAGAUUGCAUACAUUUGUUUUAUAUAAAAACAAAUUGUUGCAAGAAAAUAUUUUAUAUGAAAAUAUAUUUUGAUAUUUUAUAUCUCAACUGUAUUAAUAAUCUCAAUUGUUUCUAAUAGAUCUGAUUUCAAAUCUGACAAAAUUUGAGCUUAUACUGUUUAUAUAUAUAUAAUAUAAUCAUACUUACAGAUUAUAUUUUGUUUUAUUGAAAUUUUCAACCAGAUUCUUAUUAAACCUUCCCUUCUCUCAUUGCUAAUGUUUAGAGUAAAUGGUAUUGUAUGGAAUUUGAUUUCAUACAAACUGAGCUUAUGUUUUUUAUAUAUACCAACCUGUAAGAUUUUUCUACUUAAUUCGAAUUUGAAGUUUUCUACUUACUUAUUUUUUACAAUUCAGAUUGAAUACUAAUUGUAUUUCAGAUUGCUUUGUUUCAAUUAGUGUUACAAUGAACUUUAUUAAUAUAUUCUGAAUGAUGAAAUUCAAUUUUCUUUUAUAAUUCUCUAGAACAUUUAUAUUUCAAUAGAAAUUUAUUGUAUUAUUAUAAGAUGUAAACAAUUUUACUUCAUAAUUAAAGCUUGUAAUAAAAAAAAAAAAACCCUGCUUAUUUUCAUAUUAAUCUAAACUAUUUGAAUAGUUCAUAUAAUUUUUUAUUUAAUUCUGAAAAUCUUAUUCAAUAAUGAAUGCAAUGCACUCUCUACAUUACAUUAUUGUAUAUUUGAUUGUAUCUUUAUUGUAUAUUUGAAUAUAUAUUUAAAUUAGUUGUGUUCUUUGUAGGUUUAAAAUUUAUUUUUUGUUUUUCAAGAAUCUCAUUUAAUGAUUAGAAAUGCUGUUUUAUUAAAUAUUAAUGGCUUAAUGCUAAUCUAUACUUAAUAGGAAUUGUGAACAAAAUAAUAAAAUAUUUAUAUAUAUAUUUGUUUUAUUUUUAAAUUUUUUGCAUUUAACAUUUGAUCCUAAUAUGUGCCAAAUUGAAUUCUAGGAUGGAUGUUUCCUUUAUAUGUGUUCAAACUGAUAGAGCUUUAUAUUUUAUUCUAUGAAUAAAAGAAUCUCUCACUAUAUUAAUCAAAGUAUUACAAAUCUAUAUCCAUGAAUAGUUUUGUGAAAAGUAUAAUUAUGUUACACUGAUCAAAGUAUUGUUACAAUUUUUUUCAGAAUAUUGUUUUCUCUGUUAUGAAACUAUAAGCAUUAUCUUGUUGCAUUUAAUCUGUUAUUAAAUUGUUUGAAUAUAUUUUUGGGAUCUAUAUAUUUUUA